UAGGCACCCACAUUUCUUAACCUAAAGAGAUACAAACUUCAAUGACGAAAUGGUGGUAUUUUCAAAUUAAGAGACCCAAUUGUAAAUUUUGUAUUAAAUGUCAAGGAUCUCUCUAAUGACCUCACGAGUAACAAACAACAAAUCUGAACCGUUCAAUUUGCUCACAACUACUCCGUAAGUAGGCCCCACCUACUUGUACGCUUUUUACUUUUUACAGCACUCUUUCUGCACUAGCCACGCUGCUCCUUUCCCAAAGAUUUUCCGCUCUCGUUCUCCUUGGAUUUUCGUGCCCCCUCUCUCUCUCCGUGUAUGUGUGUGUUUCAUGCACAGAAGAUAUGAGAGCGAAAAAGUAGACAAGACACUCCAAACCUCGAGAUUCACUGAUCAGAAUAAAGAUAAAAAUGUUGCACAAAUUUCUUUGUAAUUUUCUCUUUCCUCUCACCCAGUGAUUCUCUGUUAAGUAUCGAUUCCCGUUCUCCGUCAUCCGUGCACUGAUUCGCCCGAUUCUGAUGCUACUUCAGCAUUCAUAAGCGUAGGUUUCCAGUUCUAAUUAUACUACAAUUUGAGUUUGACCGGUUAAUUAUUAAGCUUCUCAAUAGGAAUCACCACUGAUUCUUAUAUGUUUUGUUCGUUCGUCAUCAUCGUCGCACCUGCGUAUCUUAAACGCCGGUUUUCAGGAACUAGUUUGUCAAUACUACAUGUGCCAUCUGUUAGUUUUUCAAUUGCAAUAGCUAUUGAUUUCUAUUCGCUGUCGUACAUGCACUGCUUUUGUUAACGCUUCCUGUUAAGUUCAAUUUGAUUCAUCUUUUGGUUCCUGGAAGAUUGUUGGAGUUGUGGACGUGAAUUAGUAGCAAUCGCUUCCUUUCUUCCAGGAAUUAGUUUUGUUAUACGUCGUUUUCCAAAAGGAAUUAACAUCCGUUCUUAUCCAUCUUCGUUCAUUCGAUGCUUCACCGGACUGUGAUGUUUGUCCAGCAGCAUUGUUAGGUAGACAAAUUCUCAAAGUUUCGCUUGGGCUUGUGAAAAGGAAUCAUGAAGAGGAAGUAUGCUAAUUUACACCAAAACACACAUAAAUUUGAUUCACUACCUUUUGAAGCUUACUGGUGUGGUUCAUGGAAGCCUGUGGAGUGCUUAAGAAUCAGAAAUGGAGUUGUUAGCAUGUUAAUCAUAAACGAAGGAGAGACAACUGAAGAAACCCUUCCCAUGUCAGACCUUCGAAUAAGGUCAAGAAAAGCAAAUUUGGCUGAUUGCACUUGCUUUUUAAGACCUGGAAUAGAUGUUUGUGUGCUCUCUACUAUUCCAUCAACAGAGGAGGAGUCAAGCAAUGAGAACCCAAAACCUGUCUGGAUUGAUGCUAGAGUAAGCUCAGUAGAAAGGAAGCCUCAUGAGGAAGAUAAAUGCGUCUGUGAAUUCCAUGUGAGCAUCUACAUGAAGCAAGGUCCUGUUGGGUUGAUCAAGAAAGCGGUUCAUAAAGAGACUAAAAUGCUACAUAUUGAUCAGAUGUCCAUUCUUCAAAAGCUUGAAGGGAAGCCUUGUGAAAGUAACCAUUAUCGUUGGCAUCUUUCUGAAGACUGCAAUUCACGUCGAAUAUUUAAACUAUUUACAGGAAAAUUCUCCUCAGAUAUCUCUUGGUUAAUUGUUGCGUCUGUCUUCAAGCAGCUUGUUUUUGAUGUGGGAUCAGUUGACAACCAGAUAGUGUAUCAAAUUUGGGAUGGUGAUAGUGAGAAAAGUUUCCCAAAUUCUGAAAAUCAUUCAACUGCUGUUAACUUCAAACUAGAAAAUGGAAAUUCAAUUCCUUUCCUUGUCCCCUUUAUAAAACCCCAAGAGGAAAAGAAAGCUAUUUGUGGUGUGGAUGAAUUUGCUUCAUCAUCCUACUUUGACCUCAUGGGCUUACGCAGGUCAAAGCGUAGAAAUGUCCAGCCUGAUCGCUAUUUAGGUGAUGAUGAAGUGUCAGAAGCAGAAGUUGAUUUGUCUCGCGUUGGAUUAUACAGACCAAACAGUUCAAAAUACGAGCAAGUCCCAGUGGCAUUCUCCAUCCAAGAUGAUCAUUCGUUCACAGAUGAAAAUAAAUUGGAAUAUUUCAGGAAAGUAUAUAAACAAGAGGGUUAUCUUGGAAGGCAGAAUGAUACUAGCAAGUCAAAGGAGGUGAGAACAGAAGUUCCUUACAAACAAGAUCCAGGAGAACACAAACAAAACCACAAACACUCUAAUUCUAUGGCUUCUCAAUCUCACUCAUCAAGGCCUUACGUAUAUGCUGAUUCUUAUAAGCCUGGAGCUUCUGAUGAUGAAGGAGGUGAUAUUAAUAUUAGUGACAUAUGGGCUAAAUACUUUAGCAUGCAAGGUUCUUCCAAAAUUCAUAGAAAGAAAUACAAAGCUCCCCAAAUGGACUAUGAUAGUUUAGGAGGUGGAUUAUGGAAGGGGAAUAUAGUUAAUAAACGAGGUCGUAAAAAGCGAGGCUCUUCUGGAAAGGAGAGUAUCUAUGAUUCAAGGACUUCUUUUAGGAAAUCUGUUUGUGCUAGUGUUUAUAGAGAACUAAUGAGCAGAUGCAUGAGGAAUAUAGAUAAAUCCAUCAACAUAGAACAACCAGCUGUGAUUGACCAGUGGAAACAGUUUCAGUUGGGCAAAUCCUUGGAACUAAGGGAGAAUAAUCAAGUACCUUUGAAAGAAGAAGAAGAAGAAGAAGAGGAAGAAGAAGAGAUGACAGAAGAAAAGGAACUUGAAAUGUUGUGGAAGGAGAUGGAAUUAGCACUCGCCACAACAUAUCUUAUGGAAGAAACAGAGGGUUUAAAUGAAAUGCAAAAAUCUAAGAGCCAGGAGCCUAAAUGUCGACAUGAUUACAGACUCAAUGAACAGUUUGGGAUUAUCUGUAGAUUAUGUGGUCAUGUUAGAUCUGAAAUAAAAGACGUCUCACCCUCCUUUUUACCAGGUGUAGUCUGGACACCUAGCAAAGAAACCCGAACAGAAGAAGAUGAUUCAGAGCAAAACACACAAGAUGCAGACACACGUCUUGAAAUUGCAUGUCGUCCUGCUUCAUCCAACAUGUCUGUAUCAGAUCAGAACGAAAAUGUGUGGGCCCUGAUUCCCAACCUUAGAGACAAACUACGGUUUCAUCAAAAAAGAGCGUUCGAGUUUCUGUGGAGAAAUCUAGCUGGCGAUAUCAUACCUUCAGAAAUGGAAGCAGCCAGCAAGAGAAGAGGCGGCUGUGUCAUUUCCCACACUCCAGGAGCCGGGAAGACAUUGCUUAUAAUAUCGUUUCUUGUUAGCUACUUGAAGCUGUUUCCCGGGUCCCGCCCUUUGGUUCUGGCUCCAAAAACAACUUUAUACACGUGGUACAAAGAAAUCAUUAAAUGGGAGAUUCCGAUUCCGGUGUACCAAAUCCACGGUGGUCAGACAUACAGAGAACAAGUUUUAAAAAACAAACUGAAACUGGCUCCCGGCCUUCCCCGAAACCAAGACGUGAUGCAUGUGUUAGACUGUUUAGAGAAAAUACAAAAAUGGCUCACAACUCCAAGCGUCCUCUUAAUGGGCUACACUUCCUUUCUAACACUUACACGUGAAGAUUCAAACUAUGCUCAUCGCCAAUACAUGGCCAAAGUCCUUCGUCAAUGUCCUGGGAUUUUAAUUCUCGAUGAAGGCCAUAACCCAAGAAGCACAAAGUCAAGACUAAGGAAAGCCUUGAUGAAAGUCGACACCCCGUUACGUGUCCUUCUAUCCGGUACUCUUUUCCAGAACAACUUUGGUGAAUACUUCAACACGUUGACAUUAGCCAGACCGCGUUUCGUCAACGAGGUCUUGAAAAAACUAGACCCCAAAUUCAAGAGUAGAAAGAAAGGUGUUCUUUCGAAAUUUUCACUCGAAAACAGAGCAAGAAAAUUGUUUGUUAUUAAAAUAGCAGAACAAAUCAACUCAAACGUUCAAAAGGACAGACAACAAGGGUUGAACAUUCUAAGAAGCUUGACAAGCAAGUUCAUCGACAAUUACGAAGGUGGAAGUGCUGAAAAUCUUCCUGGUCUGCAAUGUUACACUUUAAUGAUGAAGUCCACCACCAUUCAACAAGAAAUCUUGCAAAAGCUUCAAGACAGGAGACCAGUGUACAAAGGCUUUCCUUUAGAGCUUGAACUUUUAAUCACACUCGGGUCCAUACAUCCGUGGUUGAUACAAACCACAGCAUGUGCAAGUCAGUAUUUUGAACCAGCAGAAUUAGAAGCCCUCAACGGACUCAAAUUUGACCUCAAACUCGGGUCCAAAGUCAGAUUUGUGAUGAAUUUAGUCCCUCGUUGUCUACUCAGAAAAGAAAAGGUCCUGAUAUUUUGCCACAAUAUUGCUCCAAUGAAUCUAUUUAUAGAAACAUUCGAACGAUUUUAUGGGUGGAAACAAGGCGUUGAGGUUCUAGUCCUUAAAGGAGAGCUGGAGCUAUUUGAAAGAGGAAGAGUGAUGGAUAAAUUCGAAGAGCCUGGAGGUCCUUCAAAAGUCAUGUUGGCUUCCAUCAAUGCAUGUGCUGAAGGAAUUAGUCUAACAGCAGCUUCACGAGUCAUCUUAUUGGAUUCAGAAUGGAAUCCUUCUAAAAGCAAACAAGCCAUUGCUCGUGCUUUCCGCCCUGGACAAGACAAAGUGGUUUAUGUCUACCAGUUGCUUGCAACGGGGACUUUAGAAGAGGAGAAACACAGCAGGACCACAUGGAAAGAAUGGGUGUCGAGUAUGAUAUUUAGUGAGGAACUGGUGGAAGAUCCUUCUCAUUGGUCAGCACCCAAGAUUGAGGACGAGUUGCUUAGAGAAAUAGUGGAAGAAGAUCGAGCUUCACUGUUUCAUGCCAUUAUGAAGAACGAAAAAGCCUCCAAUAUGGUGGUUAGAGGUAGAGAGUAAUUACUAAUUACUAAUUUAAAAUAUCUCCUUUAUGUUUUCUAAAUAAACUGUGGUUUGGACUUUGGGACUUUGGCAUAUAUAUGUCUAUUUAAUAAAGAUUUGUUUUUUGUUAA